AUGACAACCGUGGAGUACGAUCUGGACACGUCAGGAGGGCUCAUGGAGCAAAUCCAAAAAUUGGUUGCUCCUCCGACCUCUGAGGAUCCUUCCAAAAAAGCCAAAAGACCAGUGAGAGAAUACAGGCGACCGGGAAGAACAGUAAAUCAUGAUUGUUGUGACAGUUGUAAAGAAGGAGGCGAUUUGUUGUGUUGCGACAGAUGUCCUGCCGCUUUCCACCUCCAAUGUCAUGAUCCACCACUUACUGAAGAUGAUGUUCCAUCUGGUGAAUGGGUGUGUCAUCGCUGUUCAUUACUGGCUGCUGAGGAAGACGCAAAAAAAGAAAAUGAGAGAAUGGAUGUGGAUGAAGAAUCUGAUGAGAUCCUUGAAGACUGCCAUCCUCUGUUGGUGCUGGCCAAGGCAGCACGCUAUUCAAACCCCACUCAGUUUGAGCUUCCAAAGGAAAUAACUUGUACAGAACCACUUCCAGGUACAAGUAAGCGGAAAUGGUCAAAGGACAGUCGAAAUCCUCCUAAAAAACUGCCACACGAAUUGGAUAAUGGACUUGUCCCUUUGCCAGCAAAGCUUUGUUUUGCCUGUAAUAAAAGCUGUCGGAAGGCUCCCCUAAUCCAGUGUGAUUUUUGCUCACUCCUUUUUCACAUGGACUGUCUUGAUCCACCACUGACUACUCUUCCCACUGGUCGAUGGAUGUGUCCAAACCACCCUGAAAAUUUUAUUGAUGAGAAGCUUCUAAAAUCUGUGAGUCUCUCUGAGAGAGUGAAACUUCGAACAAAAUUUUCAGGUCAUAUCAACAUAGAUGCUGUGAAAAUCAACUUUCUUAAGAAGGUGCACAGACAAUCUCCACCAUUUCGGUUAAAAAUACGACAUCCAAAGAGAAAAACAGUUGCGAUCCCUCCAUCAAUCAAAGAUUUAUACAUGAAUCCACCACCUUUGCUUCCACGUGUGUCAGAAGUAACCCUUCUGGCUUCCACACUACCGCCGACAAACAACUCCAAUCAGAGUUCAAUUCCAGGCAGCAGCAACACCACCACCAACAAUGGCACCUCCCCUCAGUCAGUACCGACUACGACAACAGGAAAUGUUCAGAAAGCAGCCACUGCAGAAGAACAGGAAGAGUGGCUGGCAGGUGUGGUUGUGACUGAUAACCAGAUGAGUGGCAAUAGCAGCAACGUUGCGGCCUCCACAGACAGUGGUGGUGUUUCCCAAACUGCUGGAACUGUUAACUGCAUCUCCGAUGUUGAGAAAAGUUCAAUGACUUCAACGUCCACCAUUGCUGUAGCUACAACAACGGCACUGACCGCAACAACAACGGGAUCACUGAUACAAUCUGCAAAUUCUCAAAUCACAUUGGAAACUGAUAAAACAUUUGGUCACAAUCGAGGCCUGACUUCAGGCUUGACUUCAUCUUCACAUGAUCUUGUCACUGGGACGACAAGCAGCUGUGGUAGUGACACUCCCACUAUAGAAAUCAAGCCCUCGGGGGCAACCAUUUCACUUUUAAACAACACAUCCGCUACGCUAAAUGGAGACGUUAACAUGCAGGAGAUGAGUGGCCGAACGUCCCUCACUUCUGUAAAACCAGAUGCUCUUGUAAUAAAAACCAAAUCGAACGGUAAUGAAUCAGCAGUUGCUCCAAGCAUCAUGAAGGUCACAUGGCCCUGUGGCAGCACGACCGCAGCAAGUGCAUCAUCUUCCUCGCUGGUGUCGACUCCUGCAUCGGGCAAGAAUCUAGUAAUUAGUGCUGGUCAAGGUGGCAAAAUCAUCUGUAAUAGCACUGGUAAGCUUGGCACCAAUUCUUCAAUGGUUAUACAACGGCUGGCUAUGCAGCCUUCUAUGAAAUUGGCUGGGAAUGUGGUUGGAAAGCUGUCUACAACCAUCUCGAAUGCUAAUGGAGGUGGUACCAAAGUAAUUACUGUCUCUGCACCAUUACAAGGUACAAAGGCUGUGCCUACAUCAUCUUCCCUCCCAGUGUCACAUUCAAAAUCUGUGGUUGCCAACACCCUCAGCUCAUCACCUGCCAUCGUCAAUUUGAACACAACAUUGCAGCAUUGUAUUGAGGGACAAGGAGGUAAGCCAUUCACAGACAUAAUUUUCCAUUUUAUAAUUGUGGUUUCUUUUUUUCUCUUUGUUUCUUUUUUCUUCCAUCAUCUUUUUCUUCUUUUUUUCCUUUCUUUCUCUUUUUUCCUUUCUUUCUCUUUUUUCCUUUCUUUCUCUUUUUUCCUUUCUUUCUCUUUUUUCCUUUCUUUCUCUUUUUUCCUUUCUUUCUCUUUUUUCCUUUCUUUCUCUUUUUUCCUUUCUUUCUCUUUUUUCCUUUCUUUCUCUUUUUUCCUUUCUUUCUCUUUUUUCCUUUCUUUCUCUUUUUUCCUUUCUUUCUCUUUUUUCCUUUUUUUUUUUGACCAUCUUAAUCUCACAACAGAAAAGAAGAGCAUCUUAAAUGGACUUUUGUCUCAAUCAGGUUCUGCCGAGAUUCAAGCUCGAGCUUUGUUAUGUCCCCUGACAGGAAAAGGAGAACCUGUCUCGAUGCCAUACAGAGCCCUCAGCAUUGGCACAGGUGCUGACAUGGACGUGUGCUUGACCCUCUUUGGACAUUGCAAUUAUGUAUCUCCUAAACAUGCAUUUAUUUUCUUUGAUGAGACAACUCGUCAUUAUGAACUGCUCAAUUAUAGUGAACACGGCACAACAGUGGACAAUGUUUUGUAUUCAUGUGAUUUCUCUGAUAAAACAGCCACCACUCCACAGCCAACACCAUUUGUUGCUUCUGUUCGAAGCAUCAUUAAUAAGAAAAAAAUCAAUUCAAGCAGCCCAGGGACUUCAAGCAGUUGCAAUUCCACAAACCCCAACCACAAAAAAGAUGUAACAGAAGAACCUGACAAAGAAAAGACAACAGUUAACAACAGACCUACAAUGAGUGCUCGGUGUCGAGGGAUAAAAAAGCAAUGUAGCUGUAAAGGAAGUAGUUCAAGUCUAAUUGGAGGCAAUGGUGCAGGCUGGGAAGGGACAGCCCUGUUGCAUCAUGGGAGUUACAUUAAAACUGGCUGCCUCCAGUUUGUGUUCAUUCUCUCUCUCUCUCUCUCAUUUCAUUUGCUUAAUUCUCUUUUUAAUCUCUCUCUCUCUCUUCUUGUAGUAAUCUCUCUCUAUUUGUGGCUCUCUCUUUCUCAUCCCCCGUCUUUCAUUUCAUUUUAUUCUAUGUAA